AUGGCCUUUCUGGAGAGCCUGAGUGGCUUCCCUCGAGAACUAUUAAUAGUAUGUGGAUCAGUGUUGCUGAUCACGUAUCUGCUUGGGCUCUCUGCGUGGCGCUUGUACCUUUGCCCUCAGGCUGAGAUACCAGGACCGACUCUUGCAAAGCUCACAUAUUGGUACGAAUUCUACUACGAUGUUGUACUCGGCGGUCAAUAUAUCUGGAAAGUUCGCUCCAUGCACGAGAAGUACGGCCCGAUCGUGCGCAUCAACCCAGAAGAAGUGCACAUCCAGGAUCCCGAAUACUAUGAUCAGGUGUACACUGGUCCGACGCAUAAAAGGAAUAAAUGGACCUUUUUCACGAACCAAAGUGGAUUGCCUCAGUCUGCGUUUGGAACUCCAGACCACAAUCUUCACCGCAUGCGUCGAGGUGCGAUGAACCCUUACUUCUCAAAGGCAAAAGUGCGGGUACUCCAAUCGCGCAUUGAGUCCAGUCUGAACAAUCUGCUGGUCAGAUUUCAAGAGUUUCAAGAGUCCGGGAAGCCUAUGACGGUCUCGUUGGCUUACGCAGCUCUCACGAAUGAUAUUGUCAUGGAAUAUGCUUUCGCACGCAGUGAUAAUCGCCUGCUGGCACCCGAUUUUGACCCGAGCUUCAAAGAAGCAGGCGAAGCAGGGGCUAAGUUGGGUCAUUUUGUGAAACAAAUGCCUUGGGUGUUGACCCUGAUGAAGGUGAUGCCCGACUCGGUGCAGAUUGCUUUGAACCCAGUGAUGGCGAGUUACAUCAAGCUCAAUCAGGACAUCAUCAAGCAUGUCUCCGAGAUCUACUCACAUCGUGACAAUCCUGACACUAAGUAUCAAUCGCAGACAACAAUAUUCCAUGCCAUACUGCAGGGUGAUUUACCAGAAAGAGAAAAGUCCCCUGAUCGCUUGUGGCAAGAUGGACAAGUGGUCGUUAUCGCUGGCACAUUGACCACCGCAGCCGCCCUUUCGGAGAUCACUUUCCAUCUUUUGAGACAACCAGAGGAAUUACGGACUCUCAAAGAAGAACUUGUGAACGCCAUACCAGAGCCCACGACUCUCCCAGAUGUGGCCAAGCUAGAGCAACUUCCCUACCUCACAGCGACCAUCAAAGAAGGUCUUCGGUUGAGCAGUGGCAUCAGCACCCGUUUGCAGCGCAUUGCCACAGAUGAAACGCUCAUUUAUACGGUUAGAAAAGAGGCAGAUGACAAGAACAGUACCGUUGAAAAGCAAUAUGUUCUUCGUCCCGGUAUACCGCUGUCGAUGACUGGCCUGCUAAUUCACCAUUCGCCAACUUAUUUCGAAGAUCCCAUGGAAUUUCGACCACAGCGUUGGAUCAGCAAUCCUAGUCUCGAUGAUUUUCUGGUGCCGUUCUCUCGUGGCACGCGAGCAUGUGUAGGCAUGAAUUUGGCAUAUGCAGAGCUCUAUCUCGCGGUGGCCGCUGUCUUCAGUCGGUACGGAAGCAGCGAGAUUCAUUUUGAAAAGGACCAUGGGUAUCUAGAGUUGUAUGACACGAGUUACAAGGACAUUGAAAUCAUCGGUGACGGAGUGACCCCAUUGUAUCGACCAGAGAGUAAUGGUGUUAGAGUUGUGGUCCGUGCUGCAUGA